CUCGACGGGGACGACGAGAACGACGACGACGACGACGACGGGGAGGUUAACAUCUUCGAGAGAACCUUCACGGGUAACACCUCCGCGUCCGUCGCGUCCAGAAUCUCCACCGGCGUGGGCGAGUACUUCGAGAUGACCCCGACGGAGUUCGACACGCGGAUCGUGCUGCUCGAACCGCUGGGACAGGGCGCGUCCGGGGUGGUGUACCGCGCGGCGCUGGUCAAUGGGGCGUCCAGGGACGUCGCGGUAAAGCUGCUGCAUCGGGGCGGGGUCGGCGCGACGCGUCCGCAGCUGGUGGAGUUCAGGCGUGAGAUUGACAUCCUCCGAAGUUUGGACCACCCGCGGAUCGUGAAAGUCCUCGGCGCGUGCCUCGCGCCGCCGAGGAUGUCCAUCGUCCAGGAGUUUGUCGACGGCGGAUCUCUGCACGAGGUGCUUCACAGCUCCGAGCACGACACCGUCCGGGACGGCGCGAACUUCGGCGGCUCGGAAGACGCGAGUUCCGACGCGUGCGCGCCCGGGACGUCGUUGUCGAAGAUAUCGUUCAGGGCGCAGUUAACGGUGGCGGUCGACGUCGCCGACGCCGUGGACUAUCUCCACAACUCGUGCGACCCGAAGGUCAUCCACCGCGAUCUCAAACCGCAAAACGUCCUCGUCGACGUGCGAGGCCGCGCGAAGCUCGCGGACUUUGGCAUCGCGCGGCGGUUCAGGACCACGUUUUUGGACACGAAGAACCACGCCAUCGGCACCUUGAACUACAUGGCGCCCGAGCUGUUCGGGGACGGCAAGGGCGUCGACGUGUCCUGCGACGCGUACUCGUUCGCCAUGAUUGCGUACGAGAUGUUCACCGGUGAGUUUAUUUAAUCUUUGCGUGGGCGAUUCGUCUGACGUGGUUUUUUGUUGUACACAGGCGCCGAGCCGUGGAGGGAGCUGGCGCCGAUGCAGAUCGCCAUGACCGUGGGGGUGGAGGGGCUUCGACCGGUUUUGCCGGACGCGUGCCCGGCGGAUUACGCCGCGCUCAUCUGCCAGUGCUGGUCCCGCGACCCCGCGGCGAGGCCCAAUUUCGCCGACGUGAAGAGGGAGCUCAGGGACCUUCGCGAGGACGCCAUGAAGGACGAGGCGUGCGUCGCGGCCGGGGGAAUCCCCGCGCGAAGGGAGCGGUCCAUGACGCUCGGGGAGAUUGACGCGCUCAACGCGAGGAGACGGAUCUUGAGGGAGCCGCGGCUGGCGAGUCGGGACGGCGACGACUCCUCCUUGAGGGUUUCACUCGACGAGGAAAACCGCGUCGGCUCGGAAUCGCACGGAAUCGCACCGAAUCGCACGGAAUCGGACUCGUCCGUAACACUGCAGACGCUGUCCGACGACACCCCGGAUGAACUCCCCGACUCCAUCGCCGAGCACUGACGAAGGGACUGAACUGACGAGAUUGAGACGCGACGACUGUAAACGAAUCUGUGUAAACGAAUCUGUGUAAACGAUCGAUCGUUU